AUGUCAGGAUUCCUACACAAAGCCGAAGACGCUCUCCACAUCCACCACCACAAGAAGGAGGGCUCCAAGACCCCCGAGCCCCAGCCUCGCGAUUUGCAGUCCCCCCCUCCGGACUCCCAUGAAGCCAAGCACGGUCAUAGCCACGGACCCCACCACAAGCAUGACUCGCACCGCCCCACGGAUGAUGAGAUCGCCCGUGAUGACUUCCAGGCCGAUCGGGCGUAUGACCGUGCCUUGCACUCCCCGCACCACGGUCCGGGGAUUGGGUUUGAGGCGUAG